AUGACUGACUCGCCCUCGAGCUACAGAGACCCUUUGCCUGCGAUAGGGUUCUUAGGCAAGGACGGAUCUGCCUACACUCCGAACCAUACGAACAGCGCCACUGCUUCGCCAACUUCGAUGAUGAGCCCAAGCGCCAUGUACGGCCAACUACCUUACUCCUACGCGUCGACCAACCCUCCCCAACCGGGGUACAUCUCGCCCACGGAGCCCCGUCGGGUCAUUGAAGACGAGAAGGACAAACCAAGACAAUCCCUUCCAUCGAUCCACGAGGCCCUCGGCAAUGACAAUCCUCUCCCCUACCCUGCGCCCACCUCAGCUCCUCCUCCCCAAUCCGCACACACAGCGUCGUCGCAUCUUGGACGAUCGACCGCAGAAGGUCCAGCAGGACCUCCGAAUCCUUUCAAUGGACCGCCCGGGUCAAUGAUGCGGGAACCUGGUUUCUCUCAUCAAGCCCAGUUGGCCGAAGCCUCGCGGGCCAGUCUCAACUCCAUCAACACCCAAGAUUCGCGCGCGUCACUACACUCCCUCAGCACGGGCAAAUCUCCCACACAGAGCGCUAAAACCGGCCUCACCUCUGUGUCCGGGUCACAAAAUUCCGGGUAUGAAUACAGCGCGCCGACCUCGGCCGGGAGCGUGGCGUCCCCCAGUGGCUACGGCCAUUUCCCUCCCAACUACACAUUUUCAUCUCAACCGGGCCCCUCAUACCCUCCUCACUACGACAAUCGAUCUUACAUGGCACCGCGGGUGGAAGAAGUCAAGGGUGGAUUCGUGAGCCGACCGAUGUCUGGUCCACCCCAUAGCGACUCCGUGAAGCGGCAUCUGGACGUCUACGAUGUGGAGACAUCCUUGAAUGAGAUCGCCGAUAUGAGCACACGAACUCUUGACUUUUCGCGGCACUAUGCGGCACGCGCACACCAGACACAGCGGUCUGGGCCGAUAAUUGGAUCCCUCCCUUCGCUAAACGAAGUGGAGGACAUGCUCCAUAUGCAACGGCGGAACCAAGAUGCCUUGAUCCGGAUACGGACAGCCGUGGUGAACCAGGAACAGGCGCUCGCCGAGCAACAGAUGGCUCAGAGGAAGGCGUUCAAGACCGAGGACGAGCACAUGGCCAUGUACCAAGAGGAGUUCAAGGGCACGGGUGGCUUCGCGGGCGCAGACCCAAAGAAACGGCGUGGAAAGGCGGCCCCUCCUGGUCGUUGCCACAGCUGUAACCGAGCCGAAACACCGGAAUGGCGUCGGGGUCCAGAUGGUGCCCGAACGCUGUGUAACGCCUGCGGCUUGCACUAUGCCAAGCUGACUCGCAAAAUGGGCGCGAACAAGGCGGCGAGCCUGGGUUCAAAUCUCAAGCCGAAGACGGCCCUUGACUCCGCCUCGCCAACCAGUCAUUAA